GGUCACACUGCGCAUGUAUUGCUAUUUGUCUGAUAAAAAUUUAUAAAAAUCAUUGCAAGCUGUAUUGGUUGUAUUGCAUUGGGAAUGAGUAAGUGCUUGGCAGACUUUCGGCGCCUAUAAGCCAUUCCGAACGACAGAGAUAUGAUAACGGCGCAAAAAGGCUCGAUUAUCCAGUGAUUCAGAGAGUUGAGUUGACAUUGAAAAACAAAUGCAAUGCCAACAACACAGUGGGUGUGAGAAGGAAGGGCAAGGAUAAAGUAAAUGGUCGAUCAGACUGGUACAUAAGCUCAUAAACUACACUCAAUUAUGCCCUGCGAAAGUUGUGGAGUUGAGUUCACCGUAUUUCGUCGGAAGCGCGCUUGCUUUGAUUGCAAGCGCUUUUAUUGCGGCAACUGCAUAGAUGCCAGACGCUGCCAGCGAUGUGCGAUAUUUGCUCAAAGACCGCUGCUGCGGACCGACUUGCUGAAGCUGAAACCGAAGGAUCUUAUAUUUUACUUGCAGUCUAAGCACAUCUCCACGGAUGGUUGCUUGGAGAAAGAGGAAUUAGUGGGGCUGGUGUUGGCGCAUGUGGCCCAAGUGGACACUGGUCGUGCUAACAAUGGCCCCCACAGUCCUGGACGUGGACAGGCCAACCCCAUUGAUAGCAUCAAACAAUCGUGCCAAAAUUUCUUUACUAAUCUAACCGACAACUUAAGUGAUUCCUUUGCUUCCUUCGAUACAAAGGCAAGUUCGAAGCCGCCCGAGAAUGGCCGUCAGGCCGCCAGUGGCACUGAAGCACCCUCGCACAUAUUUGAGCAGCCGCGAGUGUCCACGCGGGAGAUUCCCACAUAUGCCAGUGCUGUGAACGGCUCUAGUGGACCAGAACGGGUGCAUGUCCAUGCCACUACGAACGGCAGCAGCCGUAGCAGCAAUAGUCCGUCUACUUCCACACAGCCAUCAAGUAGCCGCGAUGCCGAAGCCAAUCCACAAAACAACCGUAGCGGCGGCAAUGAAAGCGGACAGGCGAUUGAAGAAGUCCAUGACAACAGAUCCGAGUGCGAGUGUUUUGAUGAUGAGAUUAUGGCCACGUUCAGUGAACGCGUUGGGGGUGGGCAAGCCAGGCCAGCGCCAGAGCCAAGCUCAGCUGGACCAGGGCCAGGACCAUCCACAGCCACCACUAGCACGAGUCCAGGCUACUCAAAUAUACUGGAGGAUACUGGCAAGGAUGCUUGCGGGGCGGACGUCUCCUCGCAGUCAAGUUUCGAGGAGCUGGGCGCUAUUGGGGGCAUAUCCGACGAGAGCAAGACCACCACAGACACCAAUAGCAGCAACCUGGACCAGUGGCAGGUGCUAGAGGUGAACAGAAUCGACCCAGCAGCUGACACACCAAGUACUAGCAAUGCGGAGGAAAUUCUUGAAGUGACUCUACGCAGUCGACCAGCCCGGGACGGAGACAAUGGGACAGAGACCCUCAACAUUGAGCAGCGCUCUGUUCCGGCAAACCAAUAUCCCGUUGUGCCGCAACGCGCUAAGAAAGUCACGCGACGACGCUCCGAUGGCUACUUGAAUCGCACCCAUCAUUCCAGCGACGAUGAUUCGCCCGUGGCGUCUGGGGGACGUGGGCUUAGUCUGGGUCUCUCCACCUUGAGUGAACAGCCCGAGCCAGCCACCUACUCGCAGCGCCCAAGCUGCCAGCGCUGUGGGAAGAACAAGACAAAUAUCCGGCGGCAAGUGGAGAAGAUGCGGCGUCAUCUGGAGAACUCGCAAAUGUCUGAGGAGGAUAUCAAGAGGGAGCUGCAGGACUUUCUCACGUACCUGGAACAGCGCACAAAGUCUGUAGACGGCUCUGAGGCGGGCAGCUAUGCUGUCUCUCCACUGAGUGGUGAGGCGGUCAGCGUGGCCGCUGGGGGAAGAUCUUCGGGUAUGCCAAUUACGCCUACAAUUGAGUUCUCGCCAACGCAGGAUGAUGAUAUUCACUGGGACGAUGACGAGGGCAUUCAUGUGUAUGCAGCGCCUUCGGACUAUGAGCCGGCGGCCUGCAUUGAUUCGCGAUUUGUUAAUUUACAGGAUUUUGAAGAUUUAAAUGAUUUGGAGAGUCUGACGGUGAAACAGUUGAAGGAGGUCCUCAUGUUGCAUCGCGUCGACUACAAAGGCUGCUGUGAGAAACAGGAACUGCUGGAUCGAGUGAGCAGGCUCUGGAAGACAAUGCGCUCGACACCAGCUGUCGAAAAACUGGCUACGGAUGAGCUUUGUAAGAUUUGCAUGGAUGCGCCCAUUGAGUGCGUAUUCCUGGAGUGCGGACACAUGGCCACGUGCACGAAAUGUGGCAAAGUGCUGAACGAGUGCCCCAUUUGCCGACAAUAUAUUGUACGAGUUGUAAGAUUCUUUAGGGCAUAAUUUGAUUUUAAAUAUGUUUGCGGUUACUGGUAUUGGUGUUAGUGGAUAUGGGGCUGAAGGGGCCGCCACCACCUUUGCAGGUCAAAGUACAUCGUCCAGAGAUGUCGUAGAUGUACUACCGCCAAGCCAAAGGCCAAGACAAGCGGAAUGUAUGUAUGUUUGUUUACUUUGAUUGUAUGUAGAUGGAUAUGGAUUCAAGUGCAAAAAGAAAUUGGUUUUUAUGUUUUACGAUUAAGUACGUUGCAAGUAUAUAUACUAUAUAUAUACACAUAUGUAUAUGUAUACACACCUACCACAGAUACCGCUUUCAAAGUGUAUUUAUCUAUUUGAAAUUUGGAAAUACUUUUGCUAUAUAAUUUAGUUUGUUCUUGUUGUUUGUAUAAGAAACGAGAGGUUAUCUAGAUAAAACUAACAUUCCUAUAAGAAGAAACCAGAUUAAAUCUAUUACUUAUUAACAGUUAGUUGUGAAACACUCAACGAUUAAUUGCGCAGUACAUAAUUUCAUAUUCGAUUGUUAUUGAAUUAAAAAGGCAUGCCACAACCACAACCGCACCCCAGAGAUCGCUCAAGAUAAUCCACCAAUUGAUUGAGCACAUGCCUAGACCCGAAAGCGAUACAUCUCGGGCAGACAGGACCAUAGCAUAGGAGAGUCAGAGGAUUAGCAAAUCAUCUCAAUUAAAAUGAAGUGAAAAACAGAAAAGAAAAUAGAUCGAAAAGACUAAGCAAAUGUGUUAAAAUACGAGUAAUAAAUAAAAUCAAAUAUGG